AUGAGAGAAAUGAUCAAAAAACUGGACCGCAACAACGAUGACAAAAUCAGCUUUAAUGAGUUUUUGUCGAUUAUCCAGGACCUCAAAAACACCCAAGUGGCAAAAACGUUCCGAAGGGUCAUCAACAGGAAAGAGGGAAUCCUGGCCAUUGGGGGCACCUCUGAGCUGUCGAGUGAAGGCACCCAACACUCUUACUCCGAGGAGGAGCGGUUUGCCUUUGUCAACUGGAUUAACUCUGCUCUGGAAAAUGAUCCUGACUGUAGCCAAGUGCUGCCUAUCGACCCCAACACAGACGCCUUGUUCACAUCUCUUGGAAACGGCAUUGUCCUCUGUAAAAUGAUCAACUUGUCCGUCCCAGACACUAUUGAUGAAAGGACCAUAAACAAAAAGAAGUUAACUCACUUUACGACACAGGAAAACCUUAAUCUGGCGUUGAACUCGGCUUCGGCUAUUGGCUGUCAUGUCGUAAACAUCGGGGCAACAGACCUUAAAGAUGGAAAGCCUCACCUGGUGCUGGGACUCCUUUGGCAAAUCAUUAAGAUUGGCCUGUUUGCAGAUAUUGAGCUCAGCAGGAAUGAGGCUUUGGCGGCUUUGUUGAGAGACGGAGAAACUCUGGAGGACCUAAUGAAGCUGACUCCAGAAGAGCUGCUCCUUCGCUGGGCAAACUAUCAUCUGGAAAACGCAGGACAACAGAAAAUACACAACUUUGGCUCUGACAUAAAGGACUCCAGAGCGUAUUUUCACCUCCUGAAUCAGAUCUCUCCUAAAGGCACAGAGGAGGACCAGCCGCGCAUCGACAUUAACAUGUCGGGCCUCAGUGAGACUGACGACAAGAGGAGAGCAGAGGCCAUGCUGCAGCAGGCCGACCGCCUCGGCUGUCGCCAGUUUGUGACUCCUGCGGACGUCGUGAGCGGAAACCCCAAACUCAACCUCGCUUUUGUGGCCAAUCUUUUUAACAAAUAUCCUGCUCUGACUAAACCAGAGAAUGAAGACAUUGACUGGGGGUUACUGGAAGGUGAGACAAGAGAAGAGAGGACCUUCAGAAACUGGAUGAACUCGCUGGGAGUAAACCCAUCCGUAAAUCAUCUAUAUGUAGACCUACAGGACGCCAUUGUCAUUCUUCAGCUAUAUGAAAAAAGCAAAGUUCAUGUAGACUGGAGUAAUGUCAACAAACCGCCUUACCCCAGGCUUGGAACAAACAUGAAAAAGUUGGAAAAUUGUAAUUACGCUGUGGAGCUGGGAAAAACGGCAAAGUUUUCUCUUGUUGGCAUCGGCGGGCAGGACCUGAACGAUGGCAAUCAAACUUUGACUCUGGCCGUGGUGUGGCAGCUCAUGAGGAGAUAUACGCUGAAUGUAUUAGAGGACCUCGGAGAUGGGGACAAGGUGAAUGAUGACGUCAUUGUGAAAUGGGUAAAUAAAACAUUAGCCGAGGCUAAGAAAUCCACCAAGAUCUCUAGUUUUAAGGACAAAGAGAUCAGCAGCAGUUUGGCUGUACUGGAACUAAUCGAUGCCAUUCAGCCUGGCAGCGUCAGCUUUGAUCUGGUUAAAACAGGACGUCUGUCUGACGAUGACAAACUGGAUAAUGCCAAAUACGCCGUCUCCAUGGCGAGGAAGAUUGGCGCCCGAGUGUACGCUCUUCCCGAGGACCUUGUGGAGGUCAAACCUAAAAUGGUGAUGACUGUUUUCGCCUGUUUGAUGGGACGAGGCAUGAAGAAGCCACUCUGCCUACAUGUCCCAGAGUGCUUCAGUGCAGGCCUCUUGUGUACGUGGAGGGAUGGAUACGCCUCUCAGGUGAAGCUCACUCCUCCACAGACUGUGCACAGACUCACACCACACAGACAUGCCUGGAUCCGGGCAUCUCUGUCCAGCAGGAGUCCUCACAACACGCACAGCCGGAGGAGGGAUGCAGUUUUCAGAGAUGUGAUGACUUUGGCAGUGACUAAAAAAGGAGGGUCAAGACUGGUGAUGAAGAUGACAGGGCAGUCAGUGGAGAGAGACCCGUCACCUCACAACCUGUCAGUCAAAACCGCUCUGGAGGAUGAGAUCGAGCAAGCGGAGAGCAUCCUCAGCAGGGUCCCGUCGGUCUGCGAUGACACGUGCUCAGAGCUGCAGAGAGUGGCGGCACUGGACCGAGGACAGUCGAGAAAUUCUUUUCAAAGGGCGGGCGCCAUCUCAAGACUGGUGGGCCUGGUGGUGAGACUGCGGGAGUGGGCACACAGGAGUCUUUUGGAGGAAGAGGAGCGGCCCGACUCCUUCCUGGAGCGUUUCCGAGGUCCUGAACUCAGAACUGCCCCGAGCCACAACAGCAACAACCCCCAAGACACCAAUGAUGACCCCAAACAAAUGAAAAAGUGGGACUUGUUUGUGGUGUCUCCGUCUGACAACGCUUACUACCGUUGGCUGUUCGUUAUCGCCGUAGCCGUCUUAUACAACUGGUUUCUUGUGGUAGCAAGAGCUUGCUUUGAUAAGCUACAAGUGGAUUAUUAUGUGUGCUGGCUGGUGCUGGACUACCUCUCUGACACCGUGUACUUAAUGGACACUUGUGUUCGCCUCCGCACAGGCUUUCUAGAACAAGGUCUGCUGGUGAAGGAGCACACAAAGCUGCGGGACAGUUACGUCCGCACGCUGCAGUUCAGGUUGGAUGUGUUGUCGAUGCUGCCGACAGACCUGGCCUACAUCGCCACAGGGAUCCACACCCCACAGCUCCGAUUCAACCGCCUCCUCCGCUUCCCUCGCAUGUUUGAGUUCUUCGACCGAACCGAGACACGCACCAACUACCCCAACAUCUUUCGCAUCUGUAACCUCGUCCUCUACAUUCUCGUCAUCAUCCACUGGAACGCCUGCAUUUACUACGCCAUCUCCAAGUCUUUGGGAUUCGGAUCAGACACCUGGGUUUUCCCAAACUCCUCCAAACCAGAGUUCUCUUCCCUCACACACAGCUAUGUCUACUGUCUGUACUGGUCCACCCUCACUCUCACCACUAUCGGGGAAAUGCCAGCUCCGGUGCGUGAUGAAGAGUACUUAUUUGUAGUUUUUGACUUUCUUGUCGGCGUGUUGAUAUUUGCCACCAUUGUUGGAAAUGUUGGAUCAAUGAUAGCCAACAUGAACGCCACACGAGCAGAGUUUCAGGCUCGUAUCGACGCCAUAAAACACUACAUGCACUUUCGCAAAGUCAGCCGAGAUUUGGAAACACGCGUCAUCAAGUGGUUCGAUUACCUGUGGACCAAUAAAAAAGCAGUCGAUGAGCAAGAAGUGCUUAAAAACCUUCCCAACAAGCUGCGUGCAGAAAUUGCCAUCAACGUACAUCUUGAAACGUUGAAGAAAGUGCGGAUUUUCCAGGAUUGUGAAGCAGGACUUUUGGUUGAACUUGUUCUGAAAUUGCGACCACAAGUCUUCAGUCCCGGUGAUUACAUUUGCCGUAAAGGGGACAUAGGCAAAGAGAUGUACAUUAUAAAAGAGGGGAAGCUGGCGGUAGUGGCUGAUGAUGGGGUCACACAGUACGCUCUCCUCACUGCGGGGAGUUGCUUCGGUGAAAUAAGCAUUCUCAACAUUAAAGGAAGUAAAAUGGGCAAUCGCCGGACAGCCAAUAUCCGCAGCUUGGGCUACUCUGACCUCUUCUGUCUCUCCAAAGACGACCUAAUGGAGGCAGUGACGGAGUAUCCAAACGCAAAAACUGUACUAGAAGAAAGGGGUAGAGAGAUUUUAUUAAAAGAAGGCCUGUUGGAUGAGAACGCAGAAAGUGGCGGUCUGGGGAAAGAGGACACUGAAGAGAAAGUGGAGCGACUAGAAACAGGACUAGACAUUUUACAGACACGAUUUGCACGAUUGCUAAAUGAAUACACGCAUACGCAGCAGAGGUUGAAGCAGAGGAUGACACUUCUGGAGAGGCAGCUGAACCACACAGACUGCGGGGCGGAAAAUGAAGUGUCCAGUCGGGCGGCCAAUGAGGGCGGAGCAGGGUCAGCGGCGACAGGGGCACAGGUAGUUUAA